CUCCAAUCGCCCCGGGACCCCGGGGUUGGCCGGGUGGUGCCCUCUCGCCUCUCUCUCUCGCGCGCGCGCGCUCUCUCUCCGCCGCCGCCCUACGCCAGGUGUCGAGUUCGUCGUCGAUCCUUCCGCCGGAGACGAGCACGCACCAGUUGCAGAUUGCACCAGUUCCCUUUUCUUGCAGUGUCUAUGGAUCUUCCGGAGCAUCAUGAUCUCAUAUUUGGAGAGGAGUUCUGCUUUCCUGCUACCACAACUUACUAUCCACCUCUUUAUGCCCCAACUGGAAUUAAUGUGCCUACUCAGCUGUAUCAACAACAGACAAGUUCAAGAUGUGACAAUCAAGCUCAAAGUUACAUGGGACACAAGGUGCAAGGCACAUCAUCCAUGUAUUAUGUUGUGCCUAACUAUGGGAUCGAACAUUCUCCCCAUGGAUCUCACCCUUUGCACCCUUGUGCCAUUGGCGAUGGUAGGUUUGUCAGAACCCAAGAGUACCACGCUGAAACUGUGGAGCACACAUACCAUCAACCAAUUCCUAUGCCCUACUGUUCUGCCCAUCCAUCUGCAGCAGACAGGACCCCAGCUAGCACUGCUCAAUCUCUUGGUUACACCAACGGCUUGUUUGUUCCUGGUGGACUUCGGCAAACUGUAUCUGUUACCUCAGAAAGGGGUGUUGCAUGGAAUCAAUCUCUACAACAAGCUACUAUUGCUUCAAUGGAAUUUCAAAGCCAUACUUCGCUACCAAAGGAACAACCACGUAGGCCAGCUCCAUGGAAGCGGCAAUUAUCAGGUGGGGCCAGGGCGCCAGCUAGACUCCCUGUCCCUCGUGCUCGACGGGCACCACAUCAGUCUCCACAAGCAGCUGCUCCUUCUGCCCGGUCUUCACUGCAGGCAAAUCUGUCGUACAACAACGAAGCUUCAAAUGUUGGAUCUGACCUUUGUGGGAUGCAGUCAACUGAGAGAUCCCAACCAUAUGCAAGAACCAGUAGCUAUGCUAAUCGAAGGUUCAGUUCCAUGAGUCAGCAGAACACAAGUAAAGCAAAAAAGCCAAUAGGUUCAAUGCCCCCAGAAAUAACUGUAAAAUCAUAUACAUCAAGGCUCCUUAUCGGCAACCCAGAGGGUAAAAUAGUCAUUAGGUCUGAUCACUAUAACAGACAUGAUUUCCAGGUGGUGUAUCCAAAUGCAAAAUUCUUUGUGAUAAAGUCCUAUGAUGAGGCAGACAUUCACAAAUCUAUCAAGUAUGGUGUGUGGUCAACUUCCUCUAUUGGAAGCCAGAAGUUGGAUUUUGCAUUCAGAGAGGCUCAAGCGAUAGCUGCAAGUAGUUCUACCUUGUGCCCAGUUUUCCUGUUCUUUUCGGUCAAUGCAAGUUACAAUUUCUGUGGCGUUGCUGAGAUGGUUGGCCCUGUCGACUACCAAAAUGACAUGGACUUUUGGUGUAUGGAUAAAUGGAUUGGCAGCUUUCCUGUAAAGUGGCAUAUCAUAAAAAACGUACAUAACUCCACUUUCCGAAGUAUCUUACUGCAGAACAAUGAAGAUAAGCCUGUGACCUCUAGCAGAGAUACACAAGAGAUACACUACACUCCUGGAACAACUAUGCUCGAACUCUUCAAAUAUACCAGAGCAGACGGAUGUGUGCUUGAUAGCUUCAUGGUGCAUGAGGAGAAGGAAGCAAGGAGACUCCAGAAGUUUAAGCUGCGCAGGAGUGCACCACAUUUUAUACCUGCAUGGCAUGGCCCUCGUCCCUCCAGACAUGUGCUGCCAAAAUCUGAGUGUGUAGUGAUGGACAAAAUUACCAGUGAGACAAACAAUCUGACUGACAAGCUACAGAGUCUCAACCUGGAGAAGAACCAGGCUUCAUGGCAAGACUUUGGGAACCUGACUAGCAUAGCUUCCACCACAAACAGACAGAAAGAAUGGUAUUGCUACGGAACCCAGGCUCAUGGAAAGACAAACAAGAAUACUGCGAAGGCUAUACCAUCUCCAGCUCGAGCAUACCAUCCCAUGACUCCUACUAUCAAGAAAUAUGCUUUGGAUGGAGAACAACGAUGCUGGAAGAAGGUUCAGAUCGCCCCAACUGAAAACCCACAUCCAGAAACUGUUGCCAUCGCCUCGUCAAAAGCACCACCUGAGGAGCAUCAACAAGGUGGUGAAAAUACCUUGGCGCACAGUUUAUCAGGAGAUCAGUGUGAAGAGCAAAAGAUUGUCGGGAAAGCCUGUCCACCUGCGCCCGUUUCGACAAGUAAAGCCUGCUCAGAACCCCUGCCUGGUAUGCUUGCUAUUGGCUCAAUGCUGGUCCCGAUUACGACGUCCAGUUAGUAGUAGGUCCAAAGGCAUCUCUUGUUAACCUCAAGGCGUCUCUUGUAAGUAGCACGGUUUCAUUUUGAGCUUCUGACGUUAUAGGCUCGUGGCAACCAUGGAGUGAGUGGUCUUCAGUUUAAUCUGGCAAACUAGGAACCACUUAUAAUAGGAUUUGGAAGGUUCAGGUUUUCUUUUGACCUUUUCAGUUCAGCACUGUUCUUCCUUUUGAAUCUUCAGUUGCCAUGUCUGAAGAACCUUUUGGUUACCCUAGUCUCUGGAAUGGGGGAGAAAAAAAGAUGUCGUGAUGUGCUUAAACUUCUGUUGAAGUGGAUAGCGGAGUAGGUAAGCCACAUGUUCUGUUGAAAUGUUUUCUUUGUUGGAUUGGAACCAUAUGCUUUAUCUCAAGUAUCUCUUUGUUCGCGUACUCUGUUGUUAAAACUAAACAUGUCCCCAUCGUGCAUUGGUUAAGCUACAUAGACAGGCAGGAGUUCGAGAGCGAGACUGAUUUAUGAUUUACAAAUGGGGGGUGGUUUGGUGGUGCCCCGUUUGAGUAAGAUAACUAAAGACGAAGACUGAAGAUA